AUGGGAAGAGGGAAGGUGGAGCUGAAGAGGAUCGAGAACAAGAUAAAUCGGCAAGUAACAUUUGCCAAGAGAAGGAACGGGUUGCUGAAGAAGGCGUGUGAGCUCUCCAUUCUCUGUGAUGCAGAGGUUGCUCUCAUCAUCUUCUCCAGCCGUGGCAAGCUCUAUGAGUUCUGCAGCGGCCCCAGCAUGGAGAAGACAAUUGAGAAAUAUCAAAGAUACACUUAUGCAGAACUGGAAGCUGCUCAACCUGCUCAGGAUACACAGAGCAGAUACGAAGAAUAUGAGAACCUAAAAGCGAAAGUAGAGGUCCUACAACGCACGCAGAGACGUCUUGAUGGGGAAAAUUUGGAACAUUUAGACAUAGAGGAGCUUCAGCAGCUUGAGAAUGAACUAGAUUUGUCGUUGAAGCGAGUUAGGUCAAGACAGAGCCAAAAUAUACUUGAACAGCUUUCCGAUCUUCAAAAGAAGGAAAAGCUGCUGCUGGAAGCAAACGAUGAAUUGAGAAUGAAGGUAUAUAUUUAUAUCUAUAUGGCCAGAACCUUGUACUUGAAUUUGGAAGAGAGUAAUGAAGGUCUUCAACGAGGUUCAAUAAAAGCAAAUCAGCCAAGUAUACCAAAUGGCCACCCAUCUACUGCUCAAUCAGCUCAAGGUUUCUUUGAGCGUUUACAAUGCAACAACUAA